AUUUUUGUCAUUUUGAGACAUCUGGGUGUGGGAAAACUUUGAUAGAUACGCACACAGAGAAGCCCCUUUCGUCUUCCUAGCUCCUGACAUUUUUCCUUCAAUUUGUUGGCGGAAUUAACGGCGGUUUUUCGGUGGUGGUGCCACUGGUGUUUCCGGCGACAUGACAUGAAGUCUAAAGCGUCGCCGAUCCAGUGUUCCACCUCAUUCGCCGCGUUUUUUCCUUCUUCGAUCUCUGCAUCCCGCAGCUUGCUUUCAACGAUUUCAUCUUCUUUGUAACUCGUGUUUCUUAGGGAAGUUGCAGUUGAUGUGAUUGAUAGAAAUGUCUUUGAAGAGCAUUGUUCGUGAGCUGAGGGAGAUGAAAGAUGGUAUAGGGAAUAUAUCAAGGAGGGGAACAGAAAGAAAGCAUUGGAGCAACAGAACCCGGUCACAUAUAGUCCCUGAUGUGGCCCUUUCUGAUCAAAUUGAACAAGGGCAAUGGGCAAAUUUACCACCGGAACUUCUUCUUGAUAUCAUCCGUAGGGUUGAAGAGAGUGAGUUAUCAUGGCCUGCUCGAUCCGCCCUUCUCUUUUGUGCAUCUGUUUGCAAAUCGUGGAGGGGAAUUACCAAGGAGAUUGUUAAGACUCCUGAGGAAUGUGGUAGGCUUACCUUUCCCAUUUCACUGAAACAGCCGGGUCCCCGUGAAUCCCCAAUCCAGUGCUUUAUUAAACGGGACAGAGCUAAUUCAGUUUAUCGUCUCUACUUUGGCAUGAUUCCAUCUGAGGAUGAGAGGGAUAAACUAUUGUUGUCUGCCAAAAAAAUCAGAAGGGCAACAAACACAGACUUUGUGAUAUCAUUUGUUGCAGAUGAUUUUUCUCGAGCUAGCAAUAUGUAUGCCGGUAAACUGAGGUCUAACUUUCUUGGGACCAAGUUCUCCAUACAUGAUAGCCAACCUCCAAGUGAUGCAGCCAUUCAACAACCUGGUCGUCUCAGUCGGAGAUUUCAUGCAAAACAAGUUUCUCCAAGAGUUCCUGCGUGCAACUAUAGAGUAGCUACCAUUUCGUAUGAACUCAAUGUCCUUCGUACCAGAGGACCUAGGAGAAUGCAUUCUGCCAUGCACUCUAUCCCCUUGUCUUCAAUCCAGGAGGGUGGCAGUGCUCCAACACCUAAAUCAUUCCCACAAUCUUUUGAUGAGAAGUCAUUUUCUGCACCACUUGCAAUAGCAAAGGAGUCAGCUAUGGAUAUCAGCUCCUCUGGCAUUUCAAGGUCAGCAGUAACGGCGACUUCUCAAGACAUACUUGUGCUAAAAAACAAGGCUCCUAGGUGGCAUGAACAAUUGCAGUGCUGGUGCUUAAAUUUUAAAGGCCGUGUUACAGUUGCUUCUGUGAAAAAUUUUCAGCUAGUGGCAGCAGUUGAUCCAUCUCACAAUAUACCAGUCGCAGAACAAGAAAAAGUAAUUUUACAGUUUGGAAAAAUUGGGAAAGACAUCUUCACCAUGGACUACCGCUAUCCACUUUCUGCUUUCCAAGCUUUUGCAAUCUGCUUGAGCAGCUUUGACACGAAGCCAGCCUGUGAAUGAUUUCGUGCAGAUUGCAAAUCAAGAUAAGCUCCUUUUCUUCUCUUUGGUUGCUUAGUAAUGUUCCAAAUUCAUGUAGAAUCCCUGAGGAAGUUCUCAACGCAUGACCUUUGUAUAAAUGAGAAUAUUCGUUGUGCCAUGUGCCAGUUUCUCCAAUAGCAUUCUCAUGUUCCAAUAGCAUUCUCAUGUUUACUUUCAUGUGCAAAAGAUAAUUAUGAUCCAUACAAUCCCCUUCCAAUGUUUUUUCAUGAGCAUUAGUUCUCAGUCUAGACCUUUGAGUUGCUAACUUGCAUCAUUUCUGAUACUUCAAAGCUGAAUUUGCAUUUGUACUGUGAUACACACCAGUUUUUCAUUAGUUCAAUGACUAGUCUUGGUCAUCAUAAUAAAUUAUAUUGUUCCUACCAUUCGAUAAGUUAUUCACCUAGUUUAUAACACUAUCUAUCCCUUUGCAUAUAUCAAUCACUAUUUGCAACUAAGUUUUCCCUAGGUUCUGGAAACUAUACGUCAAAUGUCUGUUAAACUUAGUUUCCCUUAGCUAUUUCUUGUCGUAAGUGUAAUAGUCCCUUGGAAAUUUCAGAUUGUUUGUGUUGAAUUGGUAUCUGGUUGAAGGCUUGAAGCUGCUGUUUUGGACUACUACCAGCUAGAUAGUUGGGUGACUUUGUCUGUCCCGAAACUCUUUAUAAAUAAUACUAAUAUUUGUCCAUUCUUUAAA